UCAGGUGAAGUUAAGUCUUGGGGGAAAAUAUUAACAUAAUAACGGGCAAAUAUUUGUCUUCAAAUUACUCAGGUGCCGUACGUAUUUGAAAACAAAUAUUUGCCCGUGCUUAUGUUAAUAUUCCCCCCCAAGACUUAACUUCACCGGAAGCUCAACAGUCUUGACUUCCAAAUUCUUUCGCGCUUAUCCAGUCCAGACGUCUCCUGCUUUUUGGUGUUCUGUCAUCAUGGACACUUCAACAAUGAAGGGUGACUGCAGCGUUCCAAGCUUCAAGGCAGCAGAACUUGAUAUCAAGCUAUCCACGGAUCCGGUAACCCAUCAUGACGUGUUCACCUUCGGGACAGUCUUCACAAACCACAUGCUGACCAUCGAGUGGGACGCCUCUGAGGGCUGGCAGAGGCCCAUGAUUCGGCCUUUCGAGAACCUGCCGCUUCACCCGGCCUGCUCGUCACUGCAUUAUGGCAUUCAGCUGUUUGAAGGUCUGAAGGCUUACCGUGGGGGCGAUAAUCGACUGCGCCUCUUCAGGCCAAUGCUCAAUAUGGAGCGCAUGGUCAGGUCGGCAAAAAGAGCUUGUCUACCAAUAUUUGAGCCAUCAGAGUUGCUGGAAUGCAUCAGGAAACUUGUGGAAAUCGACCAGGACUGGAUUCCUCGCUCUGAUACAGCCAGUCUGUACAUAAGGCCCACAUUGAUCAGCACACAGCCAAUCCUGGGUAUACAAAAACCUGACCGAGCCUUGCUUUUUGUCAUCAUGAGCCUACCGGGUUCUGUUUAUCAGGCGACGCCAAAAGGCCUCUCCUUGUGGGCCGACGCAAAGUACACACGGGCCUGGCAAGGAGGGACCGGAGAUUACAAGAUGGGAGGGAACUAUUGCGGGGGCCUGGUUGCACAGUCUGAGGGAGAGGACAAUGGUUGUCAACAGGUUCUGUGGCUGUACGGCGAGGACCAUCAAAUCACUGAAACAGGAAACUCGAAUAUCUUUGUCCACUGGAUCAAUGAGGAUGGAGAGGAAGAGCUUGCGACGCCACCCCUGAACGGCAUCAUCCUCGCAGGCGUUACCCGACGGAGCAUCCUGGAACUCACCAGACAAUGGGGGGAGUUUAAAGUCACAGAGCGGUGCUUGAACAUGGCCCAGCUCUGUGGCGCUCUCAAGCAGGGCCGCGUCAAGCAGGUGUUCAGCUCCGGCACGGCCUGCAUGAUCUGCUCAGUGGGAGAAAUCUUAUACAUGGGAGAGCACUUGCACAUCCCCUGUCAAGACAAAAGGACACAGCUGAGCGCUCGUAUCCUGAAACAAAUGACAGAUAUUCAGUUUGGACGCACGCCCAGUGACUGGACAUUCCUGGUGUAACCAUCACCGUGAAGCCUGGAAUGUGUGCAGUGACCAGGAUGAACGUUUAACUCAUUCAGUACCAGCCAAGACCAAGUCUGAAAAGACGUUUAAAAACGUCUUUGGGAGUGAUCGAGUUCAAAUAAAUAAAUAAAUUAAAAAAUGUCCAA